CUUUCUCAAUAACUAACAUCCUUCCUCAACAAUCUCUGCCUCUUGUUUGUUAUCCAAUGAAGUUGCCUUCUCAAAGCUAAUUACCAGCUUCCCUCCAGAAGAAAUCAUAAGCCACCAAAGCUACCAUCCCUCCCGCUGCGUUCCUUCAAAAUUAAGCACUCUGCUAUCAAUCAUUACAAACGAAAAUGAAAGCAUUAAUUGCCUUCAGAUCCAAGCUUUUCAACCCAUGCAGAAAACUUCUUCGAAUCUUCAGGUUCAAGCUCAAAAGGCCAGUAUUUAUAAGAGCUCUUAGAACCCGUCCUCGUCAGGCCAAAGUCAGCAAAGCUCCUAAAAAAAGUCCUACUUCUGCAUUACUAUCUGUUUUUCGCUCUCUAAGAAAGUCCAGAAAGAUGGAUAAACUAGUAGAGCUUCGAAGCUUUUCCGAGGCAGGGCACGAUAGGCUGCUCUUCCCCUCACCACUUACACCAUCUUAUACGAGGGUUGGAGGUUCCAGUAAAAGGGAAUCGUCUGGUUAUGAUGAUGUGGAAGAUGCAUGUAGGAGUUUUGAGAAUUAUUUAGUUGAGAUGAUUGUUGACGAAGGGAAAGUGAGCGAUUUAAUGGAUGUUGAAGAGCUCCUAUAUUGUUGGAAGAACUUGACAUGCCCUGUUUUCAUUGAUUUGGUUUCUCGAUUCUAUGGCGAGCUAUGCACAGACUUGUUUUCCGCUGAUGAUGAUGCUGACAAUGUUGAUAGUCCCUAGUAACUCUUCUGUCUAACGACUACUUUUUCUCUUAUGUUUCAAAUCUGACCCCGCCCCCCCUCUUUUAUCCCUCUUCUCAGCUAGUUGCUCAUAUUUGUAAUACAAGUACAUAAACAAA